ACAACAGGGAUAUUUCAAUGAGCCGCGUGUCUGUGUUUCGUCUUGAAAUGGUUCUGAUGAAAAUAAAACAGUGAAAAGGGGCAAGAGGCUGUGAAAUGGAUACGGGGCACUAAAGCACGCGCCCUUUUCACCAUUUUCAAUGAUGUGUAGGCUUUUUGGGUGCAAGCCAGGUAGACUAUAGUCUAUAUGUAUGCUAAACUAGAUUUUUAGGAGAAGUAAGGUAUAUAUAAAUGUACCAAAAUGACCAAUUCACCUAAUGAUGUUGAGCUUCUAAGCCGUUUGUAUUUACAUUUAGUCAUUUAGCAGACUCAUGAAUCCAUAAUUGUGUAUCAUUAAGCUACGAGUUUCAAAGUUGGCCAAAAAGUGGCAGAGAACACAUAACUUUUCUUUUCUUUUCUUUUCUUUUCUUUUCUUUUCUUCAAAAAAUGGGUUAAGAUUUAGUAUAUUAUUUAAUUAAACUGUCCCUAUGGCAUGUGAAAACCUGACUGCUGUUAAACAAACAUGUCCUGACAUCUAACUUAACUGCUCUAAUCACUAAUCACUUCUAAUCACUUUGCCUGUCAAAUUAAUGUAAAAAAUGUUAAUUCAUGGUAUAGUGCACUCUAAUAGUGGUUAUUAGAUGUGACUGUGAUAUUCCAGAUUUUUAUACCCUAGGCCUGUUAGAUAAAAGCAUCACAACCAAAAAUAAAAAUAAAAAUAAAAUUGUUAUGGCACCUCAAGGUCCUUGGAAUAAUAUAAACAUUUCUGAAAUAUGUGUACACACACAGACACACACACACACACACACACACACAUAUAUAUUAUAAUAAUAAUAAACAGCAUAAAGUUUUAGAUUUGAAGUUCGUUAAUUUACAUAAUUGCUGCCAACUACAUUAAAUUAAUCUAAAAUGACUUAAUCUUAAACAUUGUUAAAAAAAACUUUUUUCAAGAAAAUGCUUUUUUGAACUUUACAUUCAUCAUAACAUCCUUUAAAAAAAUAUACAUCACAUUUUCCACAAAAAAUAAAUAAAAAUAAACUAAGAAAUAAAUGAGCUUUUUAAGUAUUACAAUAGUUCACAGAACUGUAUUUUUUAUCAAAUAAAUGCUACCUUAAUGAGCAUCACAGACUUAAAAAUAAAAUAAAAAAUCGGUAUAUGCCGAGUAUAUUAAAUAAAUAAUUUGUGCAAACCUAACUGUUGCCAUCUAGCUGCAUUAGGUACAGUGUCAGUCACAGCAUGUCUUGUUAUUUGCUAACCCUGUUGUAUAUAUGUUCACACAGUUCAGUUUUCAUAAGGGUUCAUCUUGACACUGAUCAGGCCAGCUGUGGUCAUGAUGUGUCAAGAAACAUCUUGACUUUUCUUUCAGCCUCUCCACCUCAUCAUACACCCUGUUCUGUUAACACACUGCCAUUGCCACUUUAUUUAUAAUGAGGACACUCAUCCACACUCCUCCCUUUUUCCAUCUCUCUGUCUCUGGUUUCACUGCUCAUCCUUCGAAAUGCCUGGACAGAGUGAAAGACAAGAGCCCCAUCCCAUGAAUUAUGCAUCGCUGCUAUAACUGGUUCGUGUUUUUGUACACAUCUGUCAGUUUGCGAUCUGGAGUAACCGAAUUAUGGAGGAGUCCGAGAUGAGGAAGUCAGUAAGAUGGAAAGAGCCGAGCAGAGUUCCUCAGACCGCAGAGGACAUCAUUACGUCUUACCUAACAGCCUCCGAUGAGAAUCAGAACAAACUGCAGGAGGCAGAGAUCAUGGACUUGCAAGCGGUUAAACUCGACUCAGAGAACAGGAACAGAGAGGAGAGCUUUCCAACAAACAUCAAGAGCCAUAACUGCUCUUUAGAUCAUGGUCGUCUCUCUGGGAUUGUGCCACCUGGGCUUAGUCCUUCUCUUCUGGCUUCACUGCAGUCCCUUGUUGAACACAAUGAUCACAUGCUCCUCCCUCAUUCCUUACACCAGAUAGCGGAGGGCUACUUCCUUGAAAAGGACUAUCAGUGGGCAGUGGAGUUUCUUCAUCUGGAGAAGCUGUAUCAUGAAAGACUGCUGUCUAAUCUGGCCUCCAUACAAGAGAAAUGGGAGUCCCAGAGGAAAAUCAGCAUCUUAACUGAAAAUAACUCUCCUUUAAACUCUAAUGGAACUGACAGAGAGAGAGAGAGAGAGCAUAUGGAACUGUUGAGUCAUAUCUGCAAAACACACCAGAGACCUAACCUCUCUUUGGAAAAGAACAUGGAAGACAUAAAACUACACAACAGCCCAGCCCUCGUGUCAAAACACAGAAGAUCAAAACAAGAACACGCUUCAGUGAACUCAUCCCAGAGAGAGAACCGGGCGGAGGACUGCUCAUGGCCAGAAGCUGAACAGGAGCCAGAAGAGGACUGUGAAGUGAAUGAGGAGGAGGAGGAUGAGGACGAGGAAGGUCUUGAGGAGGAUGAGUUCUGGAAUGAGGAGCUGCAGGAUGACACAGUCGUCGACGGCCAGGUUCCUGUGGAUGAGCUGGCCAGCCUUAUUCAGGUAGAAGAGAGGAUUCCCUCAGAUGGCUUAGUGUCUAUUUUAAAGAAGAGAGAAACAAAGAAAGCUGCACUGCUAAAAGACUCAACUAAACGCAGGGUCCGCUUUAGAGAGCAGGGCAAUGCUUUCGAUCAAGAUGAGUCGCCCAGAAACUCUUGCCUGAUCCUUCUCGUCCUGUGUCUGGUUACUGUGGUGAUCAGCACGGGUGGGACUGCGCUUUAUUGCCUCGUUGGAGAGGCGUACUCAAACGUGUGCGCUGACUUCUCGCAAAACGUGGACUUUUACUUUGGACCUGUACGACGAGGAGUGGACGCUCUCGCACAGUGGCUCUCUUCUGAUGCAUCAUAGCAGCUGUUUCAUGCAGUGGAACUGUUUCUUUAGAUUAUAAUUUCCAAUGAUUAACAGUAUUCCUCUUGAGAUAAUAUGCACUUAAUGCACAUUACCAGACUGGCCUUAAUAAAUGUUGCUUUAGUGAUUCACACAGUGCUUCCUAUUAAUGAAUAAAUACAUUUGUAUAAUGUAUUUAAUAUUGGUUCAAAAACAGGUCAUUACAGAUAAUCCUUAUAUACCACUUAUUACAGAUAAUCUUAAUAUACUGUACCACUGCCAUUCUUUGAAUCAGUAACUAUACAUGCAUUGAAAUAACUGCCUAUAGAGCCAGUGAUAUUGUUUUUUUUUUACAUUUUAGUACUCCAAGACACUAUAUUCCAAAUACGCUAUCUUUCAUUGGUGCUAUAAUCAUUGAAAUGCAUACAGUAUCAACAAAAAUAAGCAUAAAUUGGUGUAUGUUGAAGGAAUAGUUCACUCAAAAAUGAGAACUGGCUCAUAAUUUACUUAUCUUAAGGCCAUCCGAGAUGUAGAUGAGUUUGUUUCUUCAUCAGAACAUAUUUGGAGAAAUGUAGCAUUGCAUCAAAUGUAGCAUUGCACCAAUGCAUCUUGAUGUAUAAAAAGCUACAUUUAUAAGAAACAAACAAAUAUUAACCAAGAAAGCAAUAUUAUUGAUAAACAACUUAAAUCUUAACCGGAAGCAACUGUUUGAAGUUAAAAACAUCUUGAUGAUGAAUUAUAUAGAUAAACUCAUCUACUUUUUGAAUGGCCUGAGAGUGAGUACAUAUUUAUUUCUGGGUGCAUUAUUGCUUUAACUGUGGGAUAUUAACUUAAUAUAUAAUAAUAAUAUAAUUUUAACUAACUAACCAAAAUGGCUUUAUUAUUAACAGAGAACAUAAACUGGCUGAAUAAUAACGAUGAUUGAUUGUUCUGACUUGAUGUCAGUAAUAUUUAUAAUUGUUUAUAAUUGUACAGUAUAAAAGAAGGCAGUUAAUCAGUUUUAAUUACAAUUAUUAUUUGUGUUCAGCAGUCAAAGUGAGUUUUUGUGGAAUAUUUGUGGAAUAUUCAGAACCAGAAACCUGUUUCAUUGUACAGUAUGUACUUUUUUCUUUCCCAAGUAGUAUACAUAAUCUCUUUAUGACUGACUAGAAAUGCGUUUUUUAUAUUUAGAAAGUGGUUUAUGCUGUAUCUCUGUCCUUAAUAAUAUUGGACUAGUCCUCUGAAUGAUGCAGCAGUAAAUGGAAUUGGCACACAUAAUAAAACCUAUGGUGAAGUA